UGCAUUGGCGCUUCCAACAUGUCAUCGGGGUUAUUACACUCUAAUUACUCGAUGACGGAAAAACCGAUACCGUUUUCAAUUCUUCGAAAUUUCAAGGGUAUAAUCAACCGAUUGUUAAACAAUGGGUUUCCCCAAGAAAGUCAUCACACCUUGAUUUGUGCCUAUAAAUAUCAUCUUCCAAUGAGCCAAACCCAUUCAACUUCUACACCUCCAACUCAAUAGAUCCCAAGUACCAAUUCAUCAAGUCAUCAUGAACAACUUGACCACCGUCUCCAUGGUCCUCGCCAUAACCGCAAUGGUCGUCAACGGUGAGUCCAUCCGGUCCUCCUACUCCUCCAAUGGGAUCGGUGGUUCCAUGUCAUAUCCCGGCACUUCCAAUCGACCCCCGUACCCAACCAACCCUCAAUACCCCAACAACAACAACAACAACGAGGUGGUGGCCUUCACGGCCAUUCGUGCCAGUCGCUACAGCCAGGGUACCAAUUCCAAUGUCAAGUUUGAUCGAACCAUCACGGAUCUUGGAUAUGGAUGGGAUUCUAAUUCCGGAGAGUUCAAGGCUUACUACUCGGGAGCCUAUGUGUUUUCUUGGAGUGGCGUGUCCCCCAGUUCCAAUAACUUCCGAUUGACCCUCAUGAAGAAUGGUUUGGAAGUGGGACAGAUUUGGGGAGAUCGAAUUGGAUACCAAUCGGGAGCUAAUACCGUGGUUUUGGAGCUCAAUGCUGGGGAUCGGGUGUAUCUGCGCGUGUCUGAGGGGCAGCUCUAUGAGCCGGAUAGCAGUAACCGUGGAUAUACCACUUUUAGUGGAUACAAAUUGAACUGAACAGACGGGGUAUGGAAAAUCGAUGUUGAUAUCGACAUGUAGAGCACUUAUUGAGAAUAAAUUUGGCACGCAAA